AUGCUAUUUGUAAGGGCAAUCAAUACUUACAAGUUAUUUUUGAUUGCCAGGAAGUACCUGAUGCUAUUCCAAGAUGCUGCAAUAAUCACCCUUCGGUUGGGAACUGUCAACCUGGCAAAGAUGAUAAUCCUGAGGAAGGUCGAAGUGGUGGAAAAUGCUGGGUAUAUUGCAUCAAUGAUUGCGAGAAGGGAGGCAUUUGCAAACCAGAAGGAAAUCGUCAUGUGUGUCACUGUUACUGCUGAUCCCAUUGCUACAUGGGCAAUCAACAAUAAGAAUAUUAAUGAAUAA